AUGCGACACUCGCAGGCAACGUCGUCUCCCUGGUACGUGAGGCAUGUGAGUGCUGCUCCAGCGCAUGUGAAUGCUGCUCGAGCGCAUGUGAAUGCUGCUCCAGCGCAUGUGAGUGCUGCUCCAGCGCAUGUGAGUGCUGCUCCAGCGCAUGUGAGUGCUGCUCCAGCGCAUGUGAAUGCUGCUCCAGCGCAUGUGAAUGCUGCUCCAGCGCAUGUGAGUGCUGCUUUAGCGCAUGUGAAUGCUGCUCCAGCGCAUGUGAAUGCUGCUCCAGCACAUUCGGUGCUGACGCCCCCGGGGGACACGCCGCUAGCAGUGGAGUUAAAGCAGUUGGUGGGCAUGAUCAGCCUGAUGGCCGUGGUGAUGGGGCUCGUGUUCUUCGCCAUCGCGCUGUUGGUGGGCGACCCCUUCCUGCACACCGUGGUGUUGGGCAUUGGCGCCAUUGUUGCCAAUGUGCCUCAAGGAGUCAUGGCUGCUGUCACGGUGUCCCUGGCGCUAGCAGCGAAGCGCAUGCAUGUGCGCAGUGUGCUCGUGAAGAACCUGCAGGCCGUGGAGACCCUUGGCUCAUGCACCGUCAUUGCCUCUGAUAAGACCGCCACCCUCACUCAAAACCGCAUGACCGUCCAGCAAUGCUGGUACGACCUGCGGGUGUUUGAUUGUCCGGUGGUGCGCAACCGGGUGGAGUGGGAGGAGGUGAUGCGAGGGCCAGCAGCAGCGACAGCGUACGAGCCGCAGUCACCCACGUUUCAGAAGCUGCAGCUCAUCAUCUCGCUCUGCAGCAACGCCGUCUUCCUCACAGAGGGGCUGGUGAUGGGCAUAGAGAUGCGGCGACGCGAGUUCGACCUGCACGCGGCGCCGUGUGCAGGGGACGCGUCGGAGCAGGGGCUGCUCAAGUUGGUGGAGGCGCUGCGGCCCGCCAAGGAGCUGAGGGACCUGUACGCCAAGCUGCUCGAGAUCAACUUCUCCUCCGCCUCCACGUGGCAGCUCUCCAUCCACGUCCAGUCAGCGCAGAACCGGUUACCGCCGGUGCUGGUGAUGAAGGGCGCACCAGAGACAGUGCUGGAGCGGUGUGCAUACAUCCUGGUGAACGGGCAGGUGUACGACCUCACCAGUGACAGCCGCAAGCACUUCCAGGAGGCGUACCAGCAGAUGGGCGGCUUUGGGGAGCGCGUGCUCGGCAUGGCCUUCAGGGACCUUGAAGGGUUUCACCAACGAUUCACGCACAAGCCGCAGCCCAACUUCCCCAUGGGCGGGCUGACGUUCGUGGGCAUGGUGAGCCUCAUGGACCCGCCGCGCCCGGGCGUGCCCGAGGCCGUGGCACAGUGCCGGCGCGCCGCUGUGAAGGUGGGCAUAUUGGAGAGCAGCAAGGUGGAGGCGGGCAGUGCGGCGGUGGUGACGGGCGAUGACAUCAGGGUGUGGAGUGCACUCACCCCCAGGGAGGAGAUUUUCAAAUGGGACGAGGCCCUCUCGCACGACCAGCAUGUCUUUUCACGCUUUUCUCCACCUUCCUUGCUCUCCUCCCUGACCUCACUCCGCGCUGCUCUCCCAUUCCCCCUCCUCCCCCCCGCUUUCCCCCUUUUCUCCCCUUUUCCCCCCUUUCCCCCCCUUUCCCCCCUUUACCUCCUUCUUUCCCCCUUUCCCCCCAUUUCCCCCCUUUCCCCCCUUUCCCCCUUUUCCCCCCCUUUCCCCCCUUUUCCCGUUUCUCCCCCCUUCCCCCCUUGCUCCCUUUCCUCCCCCCUCUCCCCCCACCCCCCCCCCCCUCGCACCAGCAAGGACGUGUCCAAGGAAGCGGCGGACAUGAUCCUAAUGGACGACAACUUUGCGUGCAUAGUGAGCGGCGUGGAGGAGGGGCGGCUCAUCUUUAACAACCUCAAGAAGACCAUCUGCUACGCGCUCACCGUCAACGUGCCGCAGCUCAUCCCCUACCUCGUCAACGUGCUGCUCGGCGUGCCCCUCGCGCUCUCCACCGUGCUCAUGCUCGCCAUCUGCCUCGGCACCGACAUGCUGCCUGCUAUCUCCCUGGCUUACGAGGAGAAGGAGUCGGACAUCAUGGACCGCCCGCCACGCAACCCCAGGCGGGACCGGCUGGUGAGCUGGCAGCUGAUCAGCCAUGUGUAUCUGCUCAUCGGCGCCGUGCAGACGCUCGCUGGCUUCCUUGCCUACCUCGCUGUCUUCAACGACUAUGGCUUCCGCCCCAAUAUGUUGCAGCGAACUGGAUUUGACUUCGCGCGCAACCCCAUCAUCUGCACAUUCGACCGGGGCAACAAGCCCUACGACUGCGGGUAUGGCUGCGGCCCGCCCAACUACUCCCUCGCCAUGCCCGACACGUCCUCGCCGCCCGCGGCACAGCCCUACUGCUACCAGGGCUGCCCCAUGCCCAAAAGCAACGUGACGCCAGUGGUGGUGGAUCCGUUCAGUGAGAUGGGCGCGGCGGGGUUCAAGGGGCAGCAGUUCUGCGCGCUCACCUGCAACACAUCGGCUUCUGCCUUUCUGGGGGGUGUGCUGCCGUCGCAGUGCUCCAGCCCGUUGCUCUCCUCCAAUGUGGGGUUCCCAGGGCGACACCAGCUGGGAAAGCCACUGGGGCCGUACAACGGGUGGUACUGGUGGGCGGGGCGGAAGCAGCUGCAGCCCAACACGCAGUACCAGGUGGAGGUGUUGCGCUAUGCCCAGUCCGCCUACUUUGUCGCUGUCAUCGUCACCCACUGGGCCAACCUGCUCGUGUGCAAGACCCGCCGCCUCUUGCUCUUCCAGCAGGUCCGUGCUGCCAAUGCGGGUGCGGGCAUGCGCAACCACGUGCUGACCUUCUCGCUGUUCUUUGAGACGCUGGUGGCAGCAGCGCUCCUGUACUGGCCGUUCCUGCAGGAGGUGUUUGACACGCGGCCCCUCAAUGUGCUCUACUGGUUCAUCGGCGUGCCCUUUGCCCUCACCAUCCUCGCCAUUGGAGAGCUCUGCAAAUGGCUCAUUCGCAAGUUCCCAGGACUGUAUUCUCGCUCUUCUCAUCCUUUCGCCCCUCUCAUCCUUUUCGCCCCUCUCAUCCACCUGCCCCUCUCCUCCUCUCACCUCUCACCCUCUGCCUUUUCAGCUGUUCAAGAGGAUGGAUGGACAGAUGGACCAACAGGUAAUGCUACGCUCUGUCCGUCACAGACUCAACUGUCCCAUCCCAGCCACCUCGCUCUUUAUGCCAUAUCUCAACCUACAGUAUUACCUCCCAGUCUGUGCUCCUCUUGA